UGAGCAUCUUUGCGUUCACGUUGGAUUACACCGCGGAGGUCAGUGUGCCGAAGAUGCAGGAAACAGAGAUGAUGCUGACCGUGUCGUUCAUGAAUACGCGACAUUUUACAUUGUGCCUCCGCUACCCUGUCAUGUGCGCCCUCCGUCCGGCGUGGCUGUGCGUGCUGCUCGGGCUCUUGCCUUUGGAGAUCCAGUCCCAAGCACUGACUCCGCAGAGAACUCACAGACCCAGGCUGAGUUUUCCCAGAACCUCUAAAUUCCCAAAGUCUUUUCACCCCAGCAUCGUGCCGACUGUGUCUGAUCUCUCUGUCGCUGCUCACAACCAAAUUACAGAGGAAGACGGACAGAUCAUCUGGAGGGCCUUGCUCCCGCACAAAGAGCCCCCGCCAAAGCUCUUUGACCCGUUGGUAGACCAAAGCCACAACGUGCUACCGGAGGCGCCAGUCUGGCAGCGCAGGUCACGGGGUCGUCGCCAUGCUGGUAGAGGCAGGGGCCACCCCCAACUGAUGAGGGUGGGGUGCGUCCUUGGCACCUGUCAGGUUCAGAACCUCAGCCACCGUCUGUACCAGCUGAUUGGACAGAGUGGGAGGGAAGACUCCUCCCCAAUUAACCCCCGCAGUCCUCACAGCUACGGAUAAGGCCACAC